CCGAGACGACAUACGCCAACUGUCCUCCACUGUUGACGCCUUGAAGCGCGCCCUGGACAAGGAGAGAAACCGAACCGCCGCCUUGGAGCUGCGUCUUGACGAGAUGAGUAAGACACCAGCAUCUUGCCCUAGAUGUUACACAAUGUGGAAUGGAAUCUGCUACAAGGCCUUCAGGAACGGUAAGACCUUCAGCGAUGCAGCCGCGACCUGUCGUGAAGACGACGGCAUCCUCGCCAUGCCCCGAGACGCUGAGACCAACGCCUUCCUGAUCUCCUUGAUAAAUCAAUUUGCUUCGUCCGUGCUUGGUCCUGGAUAUUCGUCCUUCUGGUUCGGCCUGCACGAUCGGUGGGAAGACGGAAUCUUUGAGUGGGAGGAUGGUUCUGCACUUGGCACGUACAACAACUGGGCUCCGGGACAACCAGACAACAGGAGGGGCAACAAAGAUUGCGUUUUUUAUAAUCAUGAGACAGCCGGGAGAAUGUGGGCUGUCAACUCAUGCUCCAGGCAGCUGUUCUUCAUAUGCCAGGCUGUUCCAGAAUGUCCAGUGUCAUGGUGACAGCCGGAACUCUCGCCAUCACUGGCAACGGCUCUCCGACCAUCUGCAGUAAAACUAACCAGCAAAACGUACAACGGCUCUCCGAAGUAAAGCUGAGUAGUAAAAUUCUAGGUCAUUUUAUGGUCAUGUUGGUUGUACAAUUUCUAUAUUCCGAUGUAUAUUCUUUAACCUUCAAAAGUAACCCAACAUCCUAAAUGUACCUCUGCUGUCUAUUAUAGCGUAUGCAAUAAUUAAAAGGCAAAGAUUCUCAGAGCUUCUAAAAGUAAGGACGAGUAUGAGAUGACGUUUUCAGCACCAAGGACAGCCACUAGAAACAUGACUGUUUUCUAUAAAUUACAUUCCCGAGUUUGUAGUGGGUGUUUAUCCCUUGUGGCAACGAUUAAUCUUGAAUGUUAGGAAUCACAGAAAUGUAGACACACACACACACACAUGCACACAAUCACACACUGACAUACAUACAGACACAAGAACACACAAUACAAACAUGCAUACACACACACACACACACACACACACUAACAUACAGACACAAAAACACAUACACACACACACACAUGCACACGUAGCCCUAAAUCAUAUUUCACUCUAAAGUGUCAGUCUUUAUUGAUCAGUAAUUUUAGCAUUUACUCUACAACUCAGUAAUUGCAUAGUGUUACUAAAAUAAUGAUAUUCAACAUCAUUUUCUGUAAUCUAUAUAUACACCAAGGGCACCUUGUGCUAGGGUGGUAUGCACUGGAUAGACACCAGGGCAUUAUGCACUGGAAAGGUAUAAACCUGCGAGCUACACAAACUUAUUG